AUCAGUACGUCGCGAAGCAUCGAAUCAACGUUCUUCACGCGGUACACUGAAUGCAUUCGGAAUAAAUCAUACUGUAUACUAAUUGUCGUGCGUGGAUGAAAAAAAUGUCAAUGUGCUAAUCAGUGACUGCAAAGUACUGUUUUUCGGGUGUCAUCGUGCCAGUGAAAUUACAAUGGGGAACUCGCUACCAUAGUUGCAGAGAAUAUCGUCGUACGAAGAAAGAAAAAAAAAAGCCAUGGGUCCCCUCCGCGUCAUUUUCUUUAUCGUCCUGGCGUGCUGGCUGUCCCGCAACCAAGGAGCCCCAAUGCCCAUGAAGAUCGACAAACGAUGCCAGUAGUCAGAGUCAGCGUUGAGUUAGACUGAUCUCUGUUCCCGUCUGCUCGACUACCCUUUGACUUGCUUUGACCCACAUUGCUGUACUAGAUGUCAACAAGCAGACAUAAUAAGAAAUCGAGUCGACCCUGAUACACUGCAACAUUAAAUAACAGAAGACUUGGAAUGAGACAUCAGAUAUUUGAGCUAUCUUUCACGAUGGAGAUGUGGAGCACCAGAUUGUCUUUCUUCAUGCAAUCGAUCAAAUCAAGUACGACAGUAAAGAACCUACUUUCGAGUAUGAACCAAUCAUCAAAUGGGUAUCUAGUCGCACCGACAGCUUUUCCACGGAAAGAGUUACCCGCGAGAUGAUCAAUGAGGGCGUCGUGGCGAUUUUUGGCCCCACGAGUCCACAUACUCGUGGGAUCGUUUCCAGCGUCGCGGCGACUUUCGACAUACCUCACAUAGAUUUCAUCUGGAUCCCGCCCGAAGAGUCUAUUUACCCACCUACAGGCAUCAACGUCUACCCCAACAGCAAAGACUUCAUCCAAGCUAUCGCUGACCUGGUUAAAGCUAUGAAGUGGAAACGAUUAACGGCCAUAUACGAAACCAACGAUGCACUGACUCGCAUUCAGCAGGUUUUGUCGUUACAACAACCAGAUGUCAUGACAGUGAACGUCCGUGAACUCGGUGAACCCGAUUAUCGACCUCUGCUAAAGAAAGUUAUAAAGUCACAACCCUAUAUCCUGCUGAGCAUCAAUGCCGAGAAUAUAUUCACUGUCUUUUCGAAUCUGAAGGAAAUAAGGCCAAAUCUGGAUUACCUGUACAGCAUCGUACUGGAUCUGGAUAUGUGGAGACUGCCUCUUCACGAGGCGCUUAAGCAAUCCAGGAGUAACAUAACAGGAUUUGAAAUACUUACGGAAAACGCUAAGGACGUUUCUGAAAGCCUUAAAUUCAAUAUGCAGGUCGAAUCUGCUCUGCUCUACGAUGCUGUCUUCCUGUUGAACGAUGCACUCACUGUCCUGAACGAACGAUUACAAAAUGCCGACAAGCCGAUGGUAAUCGAGCCACCGCAGUUAUCUUGUAACGGAACGGGAAAGUACUCUGCAGGUCCCAGCAUUACCAACAUUAUGCGCGAGAUAUCGAAAGAAGGAAAAUUAACCGGAUAUAUGACAUUUGACGAGGAAGGAAAUCGUGAAUUCGAACUGCCAGUAGUAGAAUACCAAGCAAUGAAUUUUAUACAAACCGGAGUGUGGACCAAAGAUGGCGGCCUUCAACUUACAAGAACGGAAAGCGAUCGUAAGGAAGCUAUAAUUGAGAAUAUCGAAAAAAAACUUUUCAGAGUCACUACAAGAGUCGGUGAGCCGUACGUAAUAGCGGUUGAGGAAGGAGCCGAUCGUGGAAUUCUUAUUGGGGAUAAGAGAUACGAAGGCUACUGCAUUGAUCUUAUUAUGGAGAUUGCCAAAAAUCUCAAGUUCCAAUAUGUUUUCGAAUUAGUACCUGACGGAAACUACGGGUCGCUUGAUAAAAAAACAAAUGAAUGGGACGGUCUCAUCAAACGCUUACUGGACCAUGCCGCUGACCUCGCCAUAUGCGAUCUUACGAUAACCUAUGAACGAGAAUCUGUUGUCGACUUCACUAUGCCAUUUAUGCAUUUGGGUAUUAGCAUUUUAUACAGUAAAUCGGAUCCAGAGGAGCCAAAACUUUUCUCCUUUCUCUCACCCUUAUCCCGCAGCGUUUGGAUUUACAUGGCUACUGCAUAUUUAGGUGUUUCUCUCAUGCUGUAUAUUCAAGCAAGAAUAUCACCCGGUGAGUGGGACAACCCCCACCCGUGCAAUCCGGAACCGGAAGAACUGGAGAACAAUUUCAACUUAAAGAAUUCGCUCUGGCUCACCAUGGGUUCCAUUAUGCAGCAAGGCUCCGAUAUUCUCCCAAAGGCCCCAUCGAUACGCAUGGUUGCGAGUAUGUGGUAUUUCUUCACUCUCAUCAUGAUCUCGAGCUACACUGCUAAUUUGGCAGCCUUCCUUACCACUGGUAAAAUGGAAACGCAAAUUCACAGUGCUGAGGAUCUAUCCAAACAGACUAAGAUCAAGUAUGGAUCUGUGGACAGAGGAUCGACAAAGUCAUUCUUUCAAGGAUCGAAUUUCUCGACGUAUCAACGUAUGUGGGCGGCCAUGAAUGAUGCCAGACCUCGAGUAUUCACAUCGAGUAACGACGAUGGUGUUGACCGCGUUUUAAAAAGCAAACAAAAGUACGCGUUUUUAAUGGAGUCAACCACCAUACUGUACAAGAUACGAAGAAAUUGCAGUCUCGUGCAAAUAGGAGGAACUUUGGACACCAAAGGUUACGGAAUUGCGAUGCCUCGAGAUUCUCCUUAUCGCACGAUUAUCAGUGGCGAGAUUCUAAGGCUUCAGGAAAAUGGGAUUCUGACGAAGCUUCAAAGAUUAUGGUGGGAGGAAAAGCACGGUGGCGACACGUGUGAUGGAAAAGACACGGAGGUUGAUGAUUCGAGUGAAUUGGGACUGGCGAACGUGGGUGGUGUCUUUUUUGUUUUAAUGUGCGGUUGUGCAUUGUCUUUCCUAGUCGCCGUACUAGAGUUCUUGUGGAAUGUACGCAAAGUCGCCGUUCAAGAAAAGAUCACACCCUGCGAAGCACUAAUAGCCGAGCUCAAGUUUGCCGUAAACAUUUGGGCGAAAACGAAACCGGUUAAGGUGGCGAAAAGCAGUAGCGGUACAAGUUCAGCCGCCGGGGGACUUGGCAGAGCAGCGUCCACUGCCAGGUCCAUUGUAGGAUCUUUUCUACGUCUCGACAAGCUCGACAAAUUCGACAAGGACAACAAAACUAAUUGACAUGGAAAACGGCAGCAAUGGGAUUGACUUAUCGUUAAUCUAUUAAUUGAUAAAAUAAUCGAUAAUCGUAUUUUGACUGAAUGCAUUAAACUUUUGAUUGGUUGUUGCCUACGGUGUUGCCAUUUGUAAUAAUAAUUUAUUUGCCGAAACUCUGCGCGACGUUAGUCAAGUCGGAUAAUAAUUGUUAUGAAAAUCUUCUGCGAGUCACGGAAUCUCUUAUUCAUUUUUAUUAUUAUGACUAUGGAAAUCCUAUACUGUAUUUUGAAUAGGUACCGAAUAACUUUGGGUCGAAGGUGGGACGUGAAAGACCACACGGUGUAACGUCAUACACUGUGUGCCACCAUUGGCGACCCACAAUAUAAUGCCAUAACUUUUUAGGCACGAACCGUGCUGUAUUUUAUGGCAUCCAUAGACAAUGCAUUGUGUAUUCUUGACUGCUCUUAUCCGUAAUAUAUCUGUCAGCCAUGGCGACCCGAUGGUCCAAACGAAACCUCAAAAACGCCGACGUGUUCAUCGCGCGGUACCUCGUGUGGUUAGAGAAGCUUGGAUACUUGCGUUAUGUUUUCAGAAGUUAUAGCUUCCCCUUUUUUUUUUCUUUCUUCACUGUUGCAACAAACUUCUAAAUAAAGCUUGUCAGUAAUUCAGUAUCAAACACGAUUGUUGGAUUUGUGAGAAAGAGUUUAAUAAAAAUGUAAUUCCUUCGUACCUUUAA